AUGUUGACUUUCCUUGGUCUUACGACGAUGGCGAUCGCCAACGUCAUAGCAGCAAAUGACACACUAGCCGAUGUGCAUCACCAUCCGAUUAUGUCGAUAUUCAUUUUAAAACCUCUAUCGCAAGGCCUUGGUGUUUCACAUCCUGUUGAAGAAUUCGCUCUUAUCAGCUAUCCGCACGUCGUUGAUAUGGUGAACUCUCAGCUUGGUUUUAACGAAUUUGACAACGAUGUAAACAAUGAUAUGCCACGUUCUAUGAGCGAGGAAAGCAUGGGCAAACGAAGUAUUGCGCUUGGCAGAAGUGGUUUCCGCCCCGGAAAAAGAUCUGGAAAGCAUAAUUUAGCUGUGGCACCCGUGAACUUUCUUCACGGAAAGAAAGUUGGUUCAAUUUUGGAAGACACAAAUGAGAGGCGAGAUUUUAAGUAA